GUCAACACUGUACUCUACAACGUUGUGAUCAGCGCGUGUGGAAGAAGCGGGCAGUGGCAACAUGCGCUGUCGAUCUUAGGCGAGCUGCAGGACACGAUAUUAGAGCCCAGUCUGGUCAGCUUCAGUGCUGGGAUAAGCGCGUGCGAGAAAGGUGGACAGUGGCAGAACGCAUUGUCUUUGUUGGGUAAGUUGUGCAACGCAGCACUUGAACCAGACACGGUCUGCUUCAAUGCGGGAAUCAGCGCUUGUGCAAAGAAAGGGCGAUGGAAGCAUGCGUUAAGUUUGUUGCGUGAAUUGUGGAAAGUUGUGUUGGAGCCUACCAUCAUCAGCUACUCUGCCGGAGUCAGCGCGUGCGAGAAAGGCGGACAGUGGACGCACGCACUCGCGCUGUUGAGGGAGGUGUGGGAGUCAACAUUGGAGCCGAACGUGGUGUGCCACAGCGCUGGCAUCAGUGCUUGUGAAAAAGGAGGGCAGUGGCAACACGCAUUGUCAUUGUUGAGGGACGGAUUGACAGUUAGGUUGCAAGGUAACGUCCUCAGCUACAGUGCAGCAAUCAGCGCAUGCGAAAAGGGUGGACAAUGGGAGCAUGCGCUGAUGUUGCUAAGCGAAUUGUUGGGAGUUGACGUCGAUCUUGACGUCGUCAGCUACAGUGCUGGAGUGAGCGCGUGCGAAAAAGGCGGGCAAUGGCAACGCGCUUUAUCUAAAGGCUGCUUUGUGUGA